GAGUUUGAGCCAAGCCAGGAGGACAUACGUUCGGAACAAGAAUUCCCACACCCAGAAUUUGACUACCAUACCAUCACAAACGACAUCGCUCUAAUUAAACUUCGACAUCAACCAUCAGCCUUCACGCAACCAGGAUAUGCUUGCCUGCCGAGUGCUAGCUAUACUCCUCCACGGGAUCAGCUGUGUACGAUCGUAGGUUGGGGAAAACUGAAGAACACACAUUUCUACGGAUCCAAUUCAUUGCAGGAGGCUCAGGUACCGGUGGUGAGACAUAGAAAGUGUGAACGCGUUUUUGACUAUGUGAUUACGCAGAAGCAAGUCUGUGCGGGUUAUAAAAAAGGCGGGAAGGAUUCUUGUGCUGGAGACAGUGGUGGUCCACUUCUGUGCAGCUGGGAAGAUGGCAACACAACGAAGUAUGUCAUUUACGGGGUGACGAGCUACGGUGAAGGUUGUGGGAGAAAGGGCAAGUAUGGCAUAUAUACAAAGGUAGCCAGCUACAGAGACUGGAUUGAUAAAACUAUCAGCGAGAAUAGUUGA